UCCCCAUAUGAUAUAUAUAUAUAUACACACUUACCGGGUACAUGAUCGAUCACCUCACCUCUAAUACAAACAAAAUAAAAGCUUUUUGAGACGUUCUUAAUGGCUUCCUUACCACAAUGUAAGCUUCCUGUUAUCGACUUCUCAGUAAAAAACUUAAACCCGGGUUCAGACUCUUGGACGAAGACGCGCGGUGAAGUUACGCGUGCACUUGAACAAUACGGGUGCUUCAUAGCCUCGUAUGACCAAGUGUCCCAGGAGCUCCACGAUGCAGCGUUCGUUGCAUCACAAGCCGUACAUAAUCUUCCUGUUGAAGCCAAAGUCCGAAACACUUUAGAUGCACAAGGUUAUGGUUUUGUUGCCCAACCAGCCAACAUGCCUCUUUAUGUAAGAUUAAGCAUUGAGAAUGCAACCACUGCACAAGGAGUUGAAGGAUUUGCAAAACUCAUGUGGCCCAAUGGAAAUGAUACUUUCUGUGAAAGUGUAUUGGCAUUCACAAAGGCUUUAGCUGAGCUAGAGCAGAUGGUGAUGAGAAUGGUGGCGAAAAGUUAUGGAAUCGAGAAACACUAUGAAAGGCUCCUCGGGUCGACUACUUGUAUAUUGAAGUUCAAUAAAUGCGUAAACCCUAAUCAAGAAAAUGAGAAGAAAUUGGGUGUUAUCCCUCACAGGGAUAAGAGUUUCAUGACUGUUAUCCAACAACAAGAAGAAGGAAAGGGUCUAGAGGUACAAACAAAAGAUGGGGAGUGGACUCAAGUUCAUCUUUCACCUUCAUCUUGCAUAGUCAUGGCAGGGGACGCAUGCAUGGCAUGGUCGAAUGGAAGAAUCGAAGCACCGUAUCAUAGGGUGAUAAUGCAACAAAAUAAAGAUAGAUAUUCGCUUGUUUUAUCUUCUUUUAUCAAAGAUCUGAAGAUUGAGGUGCCUCAAGAACUCGUCGAUAAAGACCAUCCUCUACAGUUUAAGGCAUUUGAUCACUACGAUUAUAUUCAAUACGUCAGUGAUACCACCGUUGAAGGGAAUAGGAUGAAAGGCGCCAUCAGUUCCUACUGUGGAAUUUGAACAUCUCGAUCCGUUUGUCUGUCUAUCUAUCUAUCUAUUUGUCUGUCUGUUAAGUUGUUCAUUAUAUUGUGUAUUUGUGUUGUGUGACCUACUUAUAUGUAGGUAUCCGUUGUUCCUUGUUUCCCUUUGUUUGAAUAAAUGCAAAUCAGUUAU